CAUUGGGGAGCCUGGCAUGACCGCAGUAUAAUCAGCCUGGCUAAUCUGCUUUCCCUGUGUGAAACCCGUGCUAUUCGGUGCACAUGUUCCUCUGUGUCGCCCUCGUACACUCAAGCUCAUAAUUUCUGAAGUGAACAAGUCUUCUGAUGAAAAGUCACUUUAUACGAAAGUGUCAGAAUUUACUCGUUACGCUGAUAACUCCGGAGUCCCAUGCAUAAUUAAAGAAACGAAACCAAAACUAUGAGGUCCAUUUGGUUUCGUUUUAAAAGAAACGUUUCCCUGGUGCAGAGACGCAGUCUGUACUUGUUGCCAGAGUCUGCCUCUGUGUUUAUGUUUGUUUGUUUGUGUAAAAGCUGAUGGAGUCUGAUCAUGGAUGAGGAGGAUGACACUGAGGAAAAUGUGAACUCCAUCCUGGCUCAGGAAUCCUCGGAACUCCUCACCAUCCUUAGCUGUCAGUCAUCUACAGUCAUCAUGAGCUUGUACCAAAUGAUGCCCAGUAAUAUGAAGCAGGACAUCAACUAUCCGGCGUCUUCUGCAGCAGCCCUAACAGAACCCAUCAAAGCCAUGUUAGAGUAUUUCAGGGAGGCCAGUGCUGCAGACUGCUCCCACUUCCUUCAGAGCGUGUGUAUGUUGUGUGAGAACAUCCCCAUGCACCUGGAGUCGAGGCUCAUGUCAGUGGCUGGGUAUGCAAACACUGAUGUGAUUCAGUUUCCUACCACGGAAACGACCACACUGCGAAACACAGAUGAAAAUUCCAGUCCAAGUCGAACAGAUGAGAAGUUGUCAUUGCCGCUCUCUCCGCAUCAGCUUGUCAAACGCCCACGGAUUGACCAUUGGGAGCAGUAUCUGGUUGCAGUGGUGAGUUUACAGCUGAGCAGGUGGGAGCGUCUCAGUGAGCGCCUGGUGAGAGAGGUCUCUCUGGACAAUGUGUGGGUUAGCCUAAGAAUGGCAAACAGAGGCAGGGACAGACCUGAUCAAACCCCUUGUUCAGUAGACCGAGGAAGCAGAACACCAGAGCCUGAUGGGGAUUAUGGAUUCAUGGAUACCAAAAUGACAUUGGAGACAUUCCUCCAGGGAUGUAAAGGAAAGGUGGCAGUCCUCUUUGGCCAGUCUGGAUCAGGAAAAACUCUGCUAAUGUCAAGUUUAGGACAUCAGUGGGCACAUGGAUUAGGCCCUAUCCCUUCAUCGUUCCUGUUUGUCCUGCUAGAGUUCCGUCAACUCAACUGCGUCUCCCGCCCUAUCUCCCUGUCUGAGCUGCUAUUCCAACACUAUCUUCCUCCAAUAGGGGGAGACAAUGAGAAGCAGAGAGUCAUCUUGGAUUACCUCCUUUCUAACCCAGAGCAAAGCUGUUGGGUGUUUGAUGGCUACGAUGAGUUUCACAGCAAACUCACCAGACAAGAGGUUUGCAAGGGGCUGUUGGACCCAGAGCACCCUCGGCCUGUUGCAGAUCUCAUCUCAGGGUUGUUGAAUCGUCAGCUUCUUCCGGGAUGUACCGUGGUGGUCACCUGUCGAGCCACAUGUCGUGAUUUAGAAGGCAUAUCAGAUAAAAUGGGGCAGCUGCUGGGGUGGGACUACCAUGACAUCAAGGAGUAUGUACGCAACUUCUUUGAAGUAAAAGGUCACGCAGCCAACAGAGGUCUUGAGGAGCAAGCAGUUGAUCUUCUUCUUUCCACUCGACACCUCCUGGCUAUGUCAUCCAUCCCUGGCCUCUGCAACAUGUGCUGUAUCUGUUUGAGUCAUUUACUGCAGGAAGGAAGCAACACAAGAAGCGUGCAGGUGCCAGAAGAAAGAGGAAGUGAGACAAGGAAAAAAAACCCAAAAAAGGAAGAUAAAGGACUGCAGAUGGCAGGAGGAGGAAGAGGAGAAGAGGGGAAUGGAAGAGGGAGUCUUGCUCAAGGGGGAGAUCAAGAAGGAAGAAGACGAAUUAAAGACACAAUGAUAGAUGUAACAAAUGGUAGAGCCCAGCCACCUCUCACACAAGCCGAGAUACCCUCCACCCUUACUCAGGUCUACCUCACUGUUCUUGUUGCUUUUCUGAGCUGUGAUCCCCUUCAAAGAGGAAGAAAAGAUGCGCCAAAGACAAUGACAACCCAACAGAGUACUGUGUACACGUUGAGUCAGUAUCGAUAUGAAUUGUGUGAGCUGAGCCAUCUGGCCUGGACAGGCUUAGAAAGCAACAAGAUCCUCUUCAUGGAAGAAGACAUUUCUCCAGAUGUUUUGAAGUUUUCAGUCAUGACAGGGCUCUUCUCUCAGGUGGAACUCAGGCGUGAGGACGGAACACUGGCCAACUCCUACUGCUUCAUUCAUUUGACUUUGCAGGAGUUUUUGGCCGCACUCAGGAUCAUGACCAGCAAGGAUGUUGAUGAUAUGCAGCUCAAGAAGAGAUUCAGUCUGAAAACCCGCUGGACAACCAAGUCAGACCAGAGGACACUCUUUGACUCCCUGUACCUGUAUGUAUGUGGUCUUGCUUCCCAACAAUGCACAUCAGCCUUAAUUCAAUUAGCCAAGACCUCCGAUGGAACAGAAUGCCAAAAGUGGGUCCAAAAACGACAAGCCCUUGUUCUAAAGCUGUUAAAAAACCUGGGUCACAGCAACACUCUGACUGGACCAAAGGUAUUGGAGCUCUGCCACUGUAUCCAGGAGAGCCAGGACCACCGAUUGGCUCAGUUGGUUGUGGGUACAAGACCCACACUGGAGCUGCGCAACAUCCGGCUGUUACCUAAUGAUAUUGAUGCUUUGGCUUUUGUAGUUAACUCAGUAUGUGAUAAAUACAUUGGACUGGACUUUGGAGCAUGCUCAAUGGAGUUGGAGUGUUUAGAUGUCCUGCCCAGGUGUCGGUACAUCCACUACCUCUGUUUUCGCAGCCGCAAGUAUGGUGACAAGUUUGCUGAGAAGUUGUCUUCCAUUUUGCCAAAAUUCACAGCCCUGAGAAAACUUGAGUUUUGUGGUGCCAGUCUGACUGCCACGGGAGCAGCUUGUUUUGCCUCUGCUCUACAGAACUGUCCACACGUCACUGAAAUAAAUUUGAGUGACAACAAUCUGAAAGACGCCGGUAUCAAACACAUAGUUGAUGUUUUCACCAAGCUACCAAGACUGGCCUCAGUAAUACUGGGUCGAAACAACAGCUCUCUGACAGCACUGAAUUAUCUCCUGGACAAAAUGUCUUCAUGUUCAAACAUCCAGCACAUUCAUGCAGAUGGGAUGAAGGAAAUGACAGUAACGUUUUCCCAAAACUCAGAUUUGAACUGCAAUAAACCUACGGUCAGCUUGUUAAACCAGAAAUGGAGCAAGCCUGAGAUGGAAAAACUUGCAGAGUCAUUGACAGGUUGUCCUGCCUUGUCUGUCCUGGAUCUGUCUGGAGGCCAGUGGGAUGUGGAAACUCUGAGGACACUGAUUGUGUUUUUGCCAAGGUUCAACAUAACCCAAAAAAUCAUUGCAAAUGACAGCUGUUCAUCAGUUGAAGGUUUGGUGAUCCUGACUGGUGUGCUGUCUGCCUGUUCUGCUGUGAUGGAGCUUCAUAUCAGACUACAGAGUCCUAUUCAAGCGUCUAUAGUGUUCCCCGGAGGGAGAGAAAAACCUGCUGAUGACAGAUCUAAAUUGCUCUGUCUGAGCUCCUGCGGUCUGCUGCCUGCCCAUCUUGAGAGAGUGUGGAAGAGUUUGGGAACCUCGUCUGAUCUCACGUUGUUAGAUCUGUCAGGCAACAGGUUAGGCAACAAAGGUCUGAGGAAACUCUUGGACGUCCUGCCUCAUCUGAAUAACAUCCGGGAGAUCAACGCGAGUAACAAUGGAAUCAGCAUGGAAGGAGUGAUGAUGCUGGCUGGUGCUUUGUGUUAUCAUAGCAGCUUAACACAAAUUCACAUCAGUCAUGGAAACAAAGGGCAGGUGAUCCUGGAGUUCUCCCCAAACCAAAGCCAUGCCAAACAGCAGCUGAAGAUAUUCAGGAUAAACAACAGCAGCCUCCUUCCAUCUAAUGUAACCACACUGUGUAGAAAAUUGGUCCAGUGUCCCUCCCAUUUGGAGUUAGAUUUGUCUCACAACUCAGUGACAGGCGAGGCUAUUGAGAAUCUGCUGAAGGUUCUGCCGAAGAUGACGUCGCUAAAGAGUCUCAAUGUCAGCCACAGCAUCUCGUCAACAGCUGAAGCACUGAUGUUGUUCAAGUGCUUGACUGUCAGUCAGAGAGUGACGUCAGUGGAACUCAGACCACAUACUGAAUCCUUCAUCCAUUUUGACAGUGUGAAAACAAAACACACCAGCUGCAGGUUAACCCAUUUGAGCUUGAAUGGUGAUGACUUGGAGAGACUGCUUGAAAUCCUGCAGCAGGGUCCCCACCUAUCUGACCUGGAUUUGUCAAGUAACCAGCUGGAAGAUAAAGGAGUGAAGCGCUUUUUGAAUUCUCUACGAGAGCUUAAAAUCACCAGCUAUGUCAAUUUAAGCAAAAAUAGCCUGACCAUAGAGGGCCUGUUGGAUGUAGCCAGCACUCUGUGUACCUGUGAAAACGUCUCUGGUGUGGAAGUCGGCUUGGGAGCAGAGGAAAGAUGUCUCAUCUGGUUUACACAACAUGAAGGCUGUGAAAAAACUCUGAGCAUCAGAGAUAGUAGUUUGGAACGUGCCCAUAUGGUCAGAUUAGCAGAGAUUGUGUCUGUCUGUCCCAGCCUGACCAAACUGGAAAUGAAGAACAAUUUUGUGCAGUCAGAUUGGAUUGAAGACUUUUUGAAAUUGCUGAACAGCAGUGAACGAGAAUUCAGUGUCAGUGUGGAGGAGUGUUGGAUCAAUUCUGAGGAAGCUGUUAAUUUGGUGUGUCGAUGUCUGGACCUCAACAGCAACAUACACGCUAUCAAGGUUUACCAAACCACGCUGCACCUGUCUUUGAUGAAGUCCACUGAACUCACUCCAGUCAGUUGUGACUCUGCAGAUCUGACUCCAUCCAUGGCCACAAAGAAAAUUGGCCUUGUGCACUGUGCAGUAGAGGGGAACCAGCUUGCAUCAAUGAAGAGCAUCAUCAAGAAGUGUCCUUUACUGACAGAGCUGGAUUUCUCCCACACUAGACUUGAUCAAGGCGGCGCUGAGUUUCUCUGUUCUGUUCUGCAUUCGCUGCCAAAUCUCACUUCUCUCAGUGUUGCUUCCAAGGUGCCUUGUGUGAUGGAGAAUCUCGCCGAGGCCUUGCUGCAGGUUCCGUCCAUUCAGUGCUUAAAUCUGUCAGGUCAUGUGAUUGCUGACACUGCAGCUCAGAUCUUGACCAGUUUGCUGCCCCGUCUGCGAUUAGUCAACUUGUCUCAUUGUGUCUGGUCAGUGACUGGUGGGCUGAACCUCAUCAAAGCACUGGGAGAGUGUACCAGUCUGGAAGGCCUUUGUCUGGAUUAUUUGCAGUUGAAUGAGGAGAGCAGGAUUUGUCUGGCACAGUCACUAAGGAAUAUCAACUCAAUACGCAGUCUCAAACUAAACAAGAUUUCAGUAGUGGAUCAAUCGGGAGCAAACGGUGUGUUAGAUCUCCUUGCUGCUAUAGAGGGACUCACAAGAAUGGAAGAAAUAGAGUUGGACAGCUGGAUGAUGGCUGAUGAAGGAAUAGAGCAGCUGACUAGAGUCCUUCCUGUGUGGACGGGGCUCAGAAAGAUCAGCCUUUCUACGAACCUUAUCAGUGACCAAUCAGGAGACAAACUGGUGGAAACUUUGAAGAGCUGUAUUUCCCUGGAAGAGCUUCAUGUGUCUGGUAACAGUCUGGGUGAUCUUACUGCUGCCAGGAUGGCUCUUGUCCUACCAUCACUGACACACAUCACUGUGUUGGACAUUUCAUUAAACCAAAUUGGAAAUAAAGGGUCAGUGAGUCUGUCCAAAGCAAUAAUGUGCAUGAAGAACCUCACCAAGAUUAAUCUGACCUCUGUUGGAACUUCAGAGCUGUGUGAUGUAGCUGCCAGUCUGGCCCACUGUGCCCUCAUACAGGAUGUGGGUCUGGGAUGGAAUAGUUGCGGUGAUAAAGUUGCAGUGGAGUUGGCUCGAGUUAUGCCUCUCUGUCAGAAGUUAACCACAAUAGAUCUGGAGUCAAACUGUCUGACUGUUGUUGGAGCAGAAGCCCUGGUUAGAGGCUUACAGUCGUGUCCUGCUCUGCAGCUCAUCAGGCUGUGGAAAAACCAGAUCUCUCCCAGAGAAGCACAAAGUCUCAGUCUAAAGGACAGGAGGAUGAAUUUCUCAUUCACCUAAUCAAAAUUGUUUGACACUGGCUGUGAGAAACGUUUUCAUCCCUUUUGGUAUUUCCCUGAAAUGUCUUGAUUUGUCUGGAGCUGCUUUAGGUAAUAAUGAGUGUACAUGAGUGUCUUAAAGGUUUAUUUUUUAGGAAAGAAAACAUUUAUUUUUGAUCUUGUUUAAAUGUAUGACUAUGCACUAUUUGGCCUCCAGUGUCGCCAUGGUGAACUGGUAUAAUUAGCUGACAGUGUCCCUGUUUUGACGGUCCAGGCUGGGAUCCUGCUGUGGGUGUGAUAUGAAUGUAUCGUCCUGAGGUGUUGUGCUGCAGCUGGUGUGUCACUACUUGAUUGACACAUCUUCUCUUGGUUGUCUGGACAGCCGCUGGACAGGACACACAGACAGCCCUCUUCCUAUUAUGUUUCAUAUGUUUCUUUAUGCUAUGAUCAGUUCAAACUAGACAAUAUGGCUGGAUAAGGACAGAAAGUACAGUAUUAAAACAAUACUGAUGACAGACAGGUAUUAUAAGUAACUGUGGGAAUUUUCAGAAUGACCAAAAUAAGCAUUAAUCUUAUGGAAAUUAUUGGUAAUAUAAUCACUAGUACAAAUUAAGAUUCACUAAACCUAAAGAGUCCCAUUUGGGAUAUUAGAAGAAUAUUAUAGAGAGCUGAAAUGAUAAAAAAAAAAGUCAGCUGUAAACUAAACUAAACUCAAACUUUUGUAUUACUUUUUACAUUGAUACAAUACUGUAGUGACACAAAAUGCCCAGCAGAUGACUUGUAUAUACAUGGAAAUGGAUUUGAUUAAGUAAGCCACUUACAAAACAAGAUAGCAAUGUGUUUAAUUAAGACAUCUCCUUAUUUUUAGGAAGACAACCCGUGUCUCAAUUUGCAGCUGUUUCCAAAUAUAAUUCAUCUAGCUGGAGGCUGUGAGAUGUUAGCAGUGAACUGGUUGAAGGACAGCUCACAAAGCUCAUUGUUUUGGAUCAUCCUCAGCUUUUCUGUGUUGUUACUGUCCACUUUGCACAUACAGUCACUGCUGUUUUUGCUCAACAAAUCUGCUGUGACCCUGGAGGCCAAGGUGAUAAUGAAAAUGAUUGCUGUAUGUAUAUAACUUUUGACACACUCACUUUGCACUGUAAUGUGUUUACAAUAUUUGAGGCCACAUAAGUGAAAACACAGCAAAUCACAAACUCACAGUACUGGAAGAGCUGAGGGAGAACCUCGCUCUGGUUUUUGCUCUUAAAGGGACAGUUUACCUUAAAAUCAGUCAUACAUAUUUUCCUCUUACCUGUACUGCUAUUUAUCCAUCUAGAUUUGAAGGAAGCAUACAUUUACUCAUGGAUGAAAGGCUAGCGAACUAAGCUGGCUAAUGUUGCAGCUCAGCCAUGGAGGAUGCCAUUAAUGUUUGCAUCCUGCUGUAUCAUGAGCCUCUCAAUAAGUAGACAUUUCCUUUUGCAUGGUUGCUAUCGAGUUUUUCAGAUGUGUUUGAAGUGCCAUAUAGUUCUAUUAUAUUAAAAAGAAUGUAGACAUUUUUACAUGCAAUCUCUCCAAAACUCCAAAACAAUCUAGAUAGGGGAAAAAACACUCCAGUUAAGAGGAAAAUAUAUAUUUUUGAUUUUGGGGUGAAGUCUCCCUUUAAGCACAUUUUAGGUUGUGGUCUCUAUCGAGUUUCCGUAUUUAUUUCUGUUGUUAUCAAGGAAAGAAAUCACUUUUUUGUUUUAAACUUAUUUAUUUUGAUGCAAUUAUUAGUGUCUACAUUUAACUUUAAGAGUGUAAUAGUUAAGUUGAACAAGAUAUAUUGUGUAUGUUUUGUGGCAGAAGAGGGGAAACGGCACAUGCUACCGUUACCUGUUGUGCUGAUAAUGAAAAAUUAAUGCACCUUAUUUCCUCUCCUAUUUUUUUGUGUAUUAUUUACAUUCUCACGUGAAAAAUGCCUUUUAAUUUGACAUUCAUUCUGACUUGAACUGAGAUUUCAGCUGAGAAUAAAAGAGUACCUUCA